GGGGCGGUGCCGGGAGGGCUGCGCGACCGACGCCGUGCGGAUUUCGCCGUAGGGACGCGGUGACAGGGGGUACAACGUAGCCGCGUUUGUACUCGGUGACGGGCGCGGAGAUUUUUGGUAGCGACGAGACUUUCGCAGCGGUACCAUACUCGAUGGAGGAAUGAGCGCCCGUAGAUUGUUGUAACUGUGGCAAGUGGUCAGAAGUUCUCAGCUCUUCUUCCCCGCAGGCUUUUCCACCAGUUGCCCAUUUCCAUGCCUGGCUUGACUGUUUGGAUAAGGACAACUUUGGGGAGCUUCCUUUUUGCUUCAGGUUUAGCGCGUUUACUCUUAGGGGAAGGGAAAUCUGCUGGAUGGCUAAUAGAGUUUCUUGUUUACAGGGAAGCGAUUGAGAAGCCUAACUCAGAGGGGCUUAUUCGUGGGCAUGGCCCCCAGGGAGACCCUGGAAGGUGCAGGUGGUCCACUUUAAACAAGGGCGUGCCUGUUGUUCACUGGUGGUGUCAUCUGGACCUCUGAUCUAUCGUUAGGCCAAGAAAUGGGGCCCUUAUGGAGGCCUCCAGUAAAGGCUGAGUUAGAGGUGGGGGUGGGGAGCUCGAUGUGCCCUGCCCCACUUUGAGAAACAAAAGCUGAGGUGGGCCUCCAAGUACUCAUUCUCCCGGAGUCAGAAACUGCACCUCUGAGUCCUUUUCCCUCAGUGCUUGGUAACUUUUCCCCACAUCUUGGCCAGCUGGUCUGAUUCCCCAUGAGUCCAGCUAUCCUUUACCAAGAAGAAAUCUAUUAGUUUUAGACUGGGGAAUUCCUUUACAUAAGAAAUUAGAAUGAAAGAACCUUUGGAUGGUGAAUGUGGCAAAGCAGUGGCACCACAGCAGGGGCUUCUGGACAAAAUUAAAGAAGAACCUGACAAUGCUCACGAGUACGGACAUGCCCCACAGCCAAAAACUCAAGAAAGUGAACUGAAAAUCAGUGCUGUGUUUUCAGUUGGUGACAGUCCUCUUGCCCAACAGUUGACCCCAGGCUUUCAGUUUUCUCUUGCAUCAUCUGGCCCAAACGUAUUGCUUCCUUCGGUUCCAGCUGUAGCUAUUCAGGUUUUUUGUUCUGGUUGUAAAAAAAUGCUUUAUAAAGGGCAAACUGCGUAUCAUAAGACAGGAUCUACUCAGCUCUUCUGCUCCACGCGGUGCAUCACUGGAUAUUCUUCACCUGUCUGCGUGCCACCUCCUCCCAAGAAAACCUGCACAAACUGUACAAAAGACAUUUUAAAUCCAAAGGAUGUGAUCACAACCCGAUUUGAAAAUUCUUCUCCUAGCAAAGAUUUCUGCAGCCAAUCAUGUCUUUCUUCUUAUGAGCUAAAGAAAAAACCUGUUGUCACCAUAUAUACCAAUAGCAUUUCAACCAAAUGCAGUAUGUGUCAGAAGAAUGCUGAUAUUCGAUUUGAAGUUAAAUAUCAAAAUGUGGUGCAUGGUCUUUGUAGUGAUGCCUGUUUCUCAAAAUUUCACUCCGCCAACAACCUCACCAUGAACUGUUGCGAGAACUGUGGAAGCUACUGCUAUAGUAGCUCUGGCCCGUGCCAGUCCCAGAAGGUUUUUAGUUCCACAAGUGUCACAGCGUAUAAACAGAAUUCAGCCCAAACUCCUCCAUAUGCCUUGGGGAAAUCAUUGAGGCCCUCAGCUGAAAUGAUUGAGACUACCAAUGACUCAGGAAAAACCGAGCUUUUCUGCUCUAUUAAUUGCUUGUCUGCUUACAGAGUUAAGACUGUUAUUUCUUCAGGUGUCCAGGUUUCAUGUCAUAGUUGUAAAACUUCAGCAAUCCCUCAGUAUCACCUCGCCAUGUCCAAUGGAACUAUAUACAGCUUCUGCAGCUCCAGUUGUGUGGUGGCUUUCCAGAAUGUAUUUAACAAACCAAAAGGAACAAACUCUUCAGUGGCACCCCCGUCUCAGGGCCAAGUGGUUGUAAGCCCACCCUCUGGGUCAGCAGUGUCGGCUGCAGGAGGUAACACCUUUGCCGGUCCCGGUUCCGGUCCCACUGGCUCCAUCAGCAGUUCUGCCUCUGCCACAGCUGGCUUCCGGCCUCUUGUUGCCCAAUCCCAGCAAGUUGCUGUAGCUCGGACACUUGUUAAACUCAAGUGUCAACACUGUAGCCAUCUGUUUGCCACAAAACCAGAACUCCUUUUCUACAAGGGUAAAAUGUUUCUGUUUUGUGGCAAAACUUGCUCUGAUGAAUACAAAAAGAAAAAUAAAGUUAUGGCAAUGUGUGACUACUGUAAACUGCAGAAAAUUAUAAAGGAGACUGUCCGAUUCUCAGGGGUUGAUAAGCCAUUCUGUAGUGAAGUUUGCAAAUUCCUCUCUGCCCGUGACUUUGGAGAACGAUGGGGAAAUUACUGUAAGAUGUGCAGUUAUUGCUCACAGACAUCCCCUAAUUUGGUAGAAAAUCGAUUGGAGGGCAAGUUAGAAGAGUUUUGUUGUGAAGAUUGCAUGUCCAAAUUUACAGUUUUGUUUUAUCAGAUGGCCAAGUGUGAUGGCUGUAAACGACAGGGUAAGCUAAGUGAGUCCAUAAAAUGGCGAGGAAACAUCAAACAUUUCUGUAACUUAUUUUGUGUCUUGGAGUUUUGUCAUCGGCAAAUUAUGAAUGACCCUAUUUCACAAAAUAAAGUAAACAUUUAUAAGGUGCAGACUGCUUCAGUGGAGCUCCCUUCUGCAAGGAAAAAUACAAUACCAGUUAUAACCAGUGUGGUGUCAUUGGCAAAAAUAUCUCCUACGCAGCCUACAGGGAGCACUAACAGUGUUUUAAAAGGUGCAGUUACUAAAGAGGCAGCAAAGAUCAUCGAAGACGGAAGCACACAGACAGAUGCCAUGAAACUUCUAUCUUCCCAGUCUCCCAGGCUUUUAAAAAACAAAGCAAUAUUGUGCAAGCCUGUCACACAGACCAAGGCCACCUCUUGCAAACCGCAUACGCAACACAAGGAAUGUCAGACAGAUUUCCCUAUGCCUGAUGAGAAACAUGACGUGGAACUUGAGUCUCCACCUGCAAAGAAAAAAAGAAUAGGUUUUUUCCAGACUUGUGAUGCGGAAUAUUUAAAAGUUGGUUUUAUUAUCUGUCCAGGAUCAAAAGAAAGUUCACCAAGGCCACAGUGUGUCAUUUGUGGAGAAAUUUUAUCCACUGAAAAUAUGAAGCCAGCAAAUCUUUCUCAUCAUUUGAAGACAAAACAUUCAGAAUUAGAAAACAAACCGGUAGAUUUUUUUGAACAAAAAUCUCUUGAAAUGGAAUGUCAAAAUAGUUCUUUAAAAAAGUGUUUACUAGUUGAAAAGUCACUUGUGAAAGCUUCUUAUUUAAUUGCUUUUCAAAUUGCUGCCAGCAAGAAGCCGUUCUCCAUUGCUGAAGAAUUAAUUAAACCGUAUUUAGUAGAGAUGUGUUCAGAAGUUUUGGGUUCAAGUGCUGGAGACAAAAUGAAAACCAUUCCUCUUUCUAAUAAUACAAUUGGACACAGGAUUGAUGAACUGUCCGCAGACAUUGAAGAUCAGAUGAUUCAGAAAGUCAGAAAGUCCAAGUGGUUUGCCCUCCAGGUAGAUGAAUCAUCAGAAAUCUCAAAUAUCACCCUUCUUUUGUGCUAUAUACGGUUCAUUGAUUAUGAUUGCAGUGAUAUAAAAGAAGAAUUACUAUGUUGCAUUGAAAUGGCUUCUCAAAUAACUGGUUUUGACAUAUUCGAACUAAUAAAUAAAUACAUUGACAGUAAAUCUCUGAAUUGGAAACAUUGUGUUGGUCUCUGCACAGAUGGGGCUACAAGCAUGACUGGCAGGUGUUCUGGUUUAAGGGCAAAAAUUCAAGAAAUUGCCAUGACCACAGUGGCAUUUACACACUGCUUUAUUCACCGUGAACAUUUAGCAGCGGCAAAGUUGUCUCCACGCUUACAUGAAAUUCUUUUGCAGUCAGCACAAAUUUUAAGUUUUAUAAAGAGCAAUGCGUUGAAUUCACGAAUGUUGACCAUUUUGUGUGAAGAAAUGGGGUCUGAGCAUGUGAAUUUACCACUUCAUGCUGAAGUACGUUGGAUAUCGAGAGGGAGAAUUUUAACAAGAUUAUUUGAAUUACGACAUGAAAUUGAAAUUUUUUUAAACCAAAAGCAUUCAGAUUUGGCCAGGUAUUUUCUUGAUGAGGAAUGGGUUGCCAAGCUGGCCUAUUUAUCAGAUAUUUUUUCACUUAUAAAUGAACUCAAUUCAAGUCUCCAAGGAACUAUGACUACUCUCUUCAAUUUGUACAAUAAAAUGGAUAUAUUUAAGGAAAAGUUAAAAAUGUGGUUGAAGCGCACACAAGAGAAUGAUUAUGACAUGUUCCCUUCAUUUUCCGAAUUCUUAAACUCAUCAGACUUAAAUAUGAGAGGCAUUGUAAACAUUAUAUCUGAGCACCUGGAAGGACUUUCUCAAAUGUUUCAUGACUGUUAUCCACCAGAAGAUGACUUGCGUUCAGGAAAUUUGUGGAUAAUUAAUCCUUUUAUGAAUCAUCAAAAUACUAAUCUCACGGACUUCGAAGAAGAAAAACUAGUAGAGCUAUCUUCGGAUUUGGAAUUACAAUCAGUAUUUAAAUCAAUGUCUGUAACUCAGUUUUGGAUAAAUGCAAAGACAAGUUACCCAGAACUCCAUGAAAAGGCAAUGAAGUUUUUGUUGCCCUUUUCAACUAUUUAUUUAUGUGAUGCUACAUUUUCUGCUUUGACGGAGUCAAAACAAAGAAAUCUCUUGGUUUCUGGUUCUGCUCUAAGACUUGCAGUCACAUCUUUAAUUCCAAGGAUAGAAAAAUUAGUAAAGGAGAAAGAAUAGUAACAUGGCUAUUGCUUAUUAUCAAAGUCUAUAAUUUUGUGUUAAAUUUUGUAUAAGUACCCUAAAAUAUAAUUUCCUAAUGUGGAUAAUGUGUUUUCAGUGAUUAAAUAAGUGUUUUAAUUAUU